AUGUCGACCAAUGUGGCCCGGGAGGAGCUGGCCCUCGUGUGCAUCAUCGACACACAACUCGAGUCGGAUGCGUGGCUUUUUAAACUCGAUCGACUCAUCCACCUUUCUGAGACCAGGAAGGAUAUUCUCAACAAACUUGGAGUGGAAGCCAUGAGUAACAUCGACGUGCUGAUAUCUCGUACCCUUGAAGCUUUCAGCGAUAAUGGUCUCAGCCUUUUGAAUCUGCUGGCUGGUGCCCACAACGACCUGGCCGGUGGGGGAGUUGUGACACGCAACCUCCAGGCCCCCGACGGUUUCGAUGAUUUUGUUUACAGUUUCGAUAUCAGCAUGCACGGCAAACAUCUUGCCUUUCUCUUCUCCCCAGGCACCCCUGAGAAAGUUAUGGCUGUGAGUUCGCCAAAGCUGUGGCCGACGACGGCGUCGACGCGCAGACCGGCGUCCUCCCAAGUCCUAGCACAGCUGUACUGCACGGCAAAGGUCGCGGAUGCCCUGAUUAGCUUUUUCGUGGUUGAGAACCUCAUCAAUGACGGGCGGGUAGCCCAGGUCAAUGCCGCCACAGCUGUGGAGUCGUCGCAUAGAGAUGACGAUCAAGAUGAAUGGUACGCUGAGACUGGCCUCCAAAAGCAAAGACCACCGGCUUUUUCUUGGGCGUCGCCUGCGCUGGGGAAGACGCCGCUUCAUCCAAAGCUGUGGCCAUAUGACGCGGAAUCUGUGACGCUGUCUCUUCUCGCUGAGAGUCCACAGCAGAUUGUUGAUGUCGGGCUUCUCGAGCCUAAUCAUCUCAGCCAAGACGCGACAGUUGGCCUCAAGGCUAGCCUGAGUUGCGGCCGAGACGAUAAGGGGCCAAUGGGUGACAGCGGCACUCUCCUUCUCCUUCUUCUUGUCAAGCAGCCACCAUGCACUCCUAGGCCCGGCGGUAGGAGACUGGCAGACUACAACACAAGCGUUGGACCCAGCUGCACCGUAUGA